AUGGCAGAUACAGACAAGCAGCAGCUCAGCAUGGCAGCCAGUGCUAUUGCCAUGCGAGGGGUCAGCCUGUUCCUCAGCGCUGGGAGGGCGGCAGCCGAGCGCCGGGUCGCAGCCACCGCGACCGCGCCGCGCUCGAAACAACCCAAGCCUGUGGUACCAGGUUCACGGCCGGCGCAGAAGAUUUUCGACAUACUUUUGAAGUCCACGCGGUUUAAUAAGAAUGAAUUGGAGGCUCUAUUCACAAUGUAUCGCAAAUUGGUGACCGCUGCCCAAGGAAUCACCCCCAAUACUGCCAUCGGUCAACCCCCCGCGAAAGUCGACGGAAUCGAUCAAAGCACAUUCAGGGAUGUGAUGCAUAAUACUUUCGACUUAGUAACCGAGGAGGCUAUUCUGGAGCGAAUGUGGGUGACAUGGGAGCGUGGCUCGGGCGGUGGAGAAGGCGCCUUGAAGUUCGAAGCCUGGGUGAAGGGACUGAGUAGACUGCUUAGAGGGACUGAUGAUGAACGAGUAGCUCACUGUUUCGCUGUCUACGAUCUGAAUAAUGACGGAUAUAUAAGUAAAGACGAAAUGUUUUUAUUAUUGAAGAAUUCUCUCCUGAAGCAACCUGGAGAUGAAGACCCGGAUGAAGGAGUCAGAGAAUUGGUGGAGCUUGUUUUAAAGAAGCUAGACGUAGACAAGGACGGACGAGUUUCAGUAAAAGAUUACAGGGACGCUGUGGAUCAAGAACCACUGUUAUUAGAAGCUUUUGGCCAAUGUCUGCCCUCCAGGAGACAGGCAUCCGCUUUUCUCAAGACUUUGAACUCUAAAGCGUAG